ACAAGUUCACGGCGUUUACUACAUCAUAACAUCCUCUUACCUUUCGAUUACAUUCCAAAUGUACAUAAUUUCCUCAUAAUUAAUGUCUCAUCCUGGUGUUAGAGUGAAACAUUUUGGUGAUUGUGUUAAAAUGAAAUAAAAUGGAGCAAACAUUUCGGAGUGGGCUUUAUAGACGAAAUUUCCUAAGUGCUCCUAUUGAUGACAUAGCGAUCGAUGAUCCCAUUCGACUUGUUUCACCUAUUAAUAGAUUUGCUAUAUUGCAAGGGAAUUUUAGAAACAACAAUGUGCACUUUUUCGUAUCGGCCAAGCUAAAGACUAAAGUGACCAUCGCCGGAUUGCUAGUCCUUGUCAUUUUAUCAGCUUUGGGUGGUUAUUUCGUCGCUAAAUUUGAUUACAAAAGAGAUACGAUACCCGAACUUGUGGAUCCUGUUGAGCCCUUCCCGCCUUCAUCAUCAUGGCUUCAUACAUUCAAGAGAGCGGCUGUCUGCACAGAUUCUCCAACAUGUUCCGAUAUUGGGAGGCACAUCCUUUCCAUCAACGGCUCAGCGGUCGAUGCAACCGUCGCAGCGAUGUUCUGCAACGGUCUACAGAACCAGCAAAGUAUGGGCCUGGGCGGAGGUUUCUUCAUGACAGUAUACAUCAAGGAAGAGGAAAAGGCAUACACUGUGAUGGCGCGAGAGACGGCACCAGCGGCUGCGACAGUGGACAUGUUCCAUGGCAAUGCUGAUAAGGCUAAGAAAGGAGGCCUUGCAGUUGGAGUCCCGGGAGAGUUACGUGGAAUGUGGGUUGCGCACCAGCGGUGGGGAAAUCUGCCUUGGAAAGAUCUAAUCAAACCCACACUGGAGUUCUGCAAAUACGGCUUCGAAAUAACCGGUCCCAAUUACGAAGGCCUCGGAAGUGCUUCUUACGUCAAACACGAUCGUCAUUUAAGAAAGACAUAUGUGAACAAGGACAAUCAGUUCCACAAGCCGGGCACAGUGGUAAAGCCAAGCGAGGCCUGGUGCAGAACUUUGGAAGUCAUCGCUGAGAAAGGCGGAGAUGAGCUGUACAAUGGCAGUCUCUCUGUGGACUUCCUUGAGGAUCUGAAGGAAGCUGGCAGUAUCAUCACAGCUGAGGACCUUCAGAACUAUGAAGCAAAAAUAAUUGAACCACUCGCUGUACCACUCAGUCAAGGAGACAUCCUCUUCACCCCACCACCGCCAAGCAGUGGUGUGAUUCUAGUCAAUAUCCUGAACAUCUUGAGCGGAUACAAUUUUACCGCAGAAAGUAUUAAUGGCACAGAUAAUACAGUCCUAACGUACCAUAGAAUAAUAGAAGCUUUUAAAUACGCCUAUUCAACGAGAACGAAACUAGGGGACAUGGAUUUUUUGAAUUUGGAAGAGCUUAUAGCUAAUGUGACGUCUCCAGAAUAUGGAGCCGAAAUCCGCAACUUAGUUAACGAUACUAUAACCAGCAACAGCACAACCCAUUAUGGCGCUGAGGAAUAUCAGAAAAAUGAUGCCGGAACAGCUCACAUUUCCGUCAUUGGGUAUAAUGGCGACGCUGUAUCAUUAACAAGCUCCAUCAAUUACUUUUAUGGUGCUGGCUUCACAACGAACAGAACAGGUAUACUGAUGAACAACGUCAUGGAUGAUUUCUCAUCACCAGGCAUCACCAACUACUUCGGCAUUAGGCCGUCACCCGCCAACUUUAUAAAACCUGGAAAGCGACCAUUAUCUUCCAUGUGCCCAAGUAUUAUUGUGGACCAAGGUGGUAACGCAAAGAUAGUGAUUGGCGCCUCUGGUGGAACUAAGAUUACCACCUCUGUUGCUUUGGUUGCGAUCCGCACACUAUGGCUCGGUCAAACGAUAAAAGAAGCAGUUGAUGCACCUCGAAUUCACCAUCAGAUAUUCCCAAUGGAGGUGGCAUAUCAAUAUGGUGUUACGGUGGAUAUACUAAAAGGCCUGAGACGUAAAGGUCACGCUUUAAGAAGAUACGAGGGUAGAGGGUCCAUUGUAUGCGGCCUCUACAGAAACAAAACUGCUAUCUAUGGUAAUGCAGACUAUAGAAAAGGCGGGAACGUUGCUGGCAUGGACUAAUUUAGUAUUUUUGUUCCAACAAUGCAUUUACUUUGGUUAAGCUUAAAGUGUUUGUGUUGACAGUCUUGAAAUAUUUGUGUUUCGAGAGUGCAGUGAAAAUAAUUUAUUAUAUAAACCAAUAAACCUAAACUAGACUAAUAUUUGUCGCAUUGUCAAAAUGUCCUUUACUACUAGUAUUAUAAUUAUUCACUUUGCGACUUUGUUAGUCUUACGUAUUAUUUUUUCUUCAAGUUGAUUCCGUAAUAUUUGCGGAAAAGAGAAAUAUUAGGAAAAUAUUAAUGCAACAGCCACCAAAACAUCAUCCAUCCAUCCACAUCGAAAAUCCCGAAAUUCGUAACCUAAAAUUUUGAAACAUUAGCAUUAUUUCGUAUUUAAAACAGUUAAAAUACAAAUGUUUACUAAUAAUAUAUAUUUCGUCUAAUUUAAAUUUUAUAAAAAAAAUAUUUAUUAUAAAAAUAUGAUCUGAGAAUACUUACAAAGCCACAUAGAUUAAAAAUUCUCAUUCUCUAGAAUAAAAAGCUUUAAAAUCUACUCUUUAUUUUAAAAUAAUAAAACCAUAUUUUAAUGAUUUUAUGAAAGAGUCAUUGGUUGAAGAGAAUAUGGCACAAAGAAGGUAUAAACUGACAAAACAUAUUUUCUGUAUUUAGCUUUCUUGUUAAUAAAGAUAAUUUAUUAAGUAGCUAUAAGUAUGUUGAGAACAUUCCCUGUGUGAUAAGUAAAUAAAUGUAUUCUUGAUAUUAGGUGUAUGUUAUAUGUUUUAAACAUAAUACAUAUGUAAUGUUAUACUCUACAGUAUUCAAUGAAUAAUAAUUGUAUGCAAAAUUAAAACGUCUUUCCUAUUCCUCCGUAUAUAUUCUUUCAACGACACAAUAUUGUUUGUGAUAAAUAUUCCCCUACAUGAGAUAAAAUAUAUAUUUAUGAAAUAAACUACCGUUUAUUUUGUGCCUUCCUCAAACUAAGUAUAAAAUAUAGACAUCAUCUGAAUAAAUUUUAUAUUAUGUU